AUGGGACUCAGCUGCUUCAAGUCCUGGAAACAUGACAGUACAGGCCACAAAGGUAACAGAGACGUGUUGGCCAGCCCAGGCUCGUAUUUCUUUCUAUCUAACAGCGCCGGUCAGGGUGACGAGUGGCUGAAGAGUCUCAACAAGGGAGUCUGGAUCCCCUUUACAGGAGUCUUUGGUCAGCGUCUGGAGGAGACGGUGUUGUAUGAGCGCCGUUAUGGGGUACGUUUAGUUCCUCUGGUGGUGGAGCAGUGUGUGAACUUCAUCCGAGAGCGUGGGCUGCAUGAAGUGGGCUUGUUUCGCCAGCCGGGACAGGCCAGUCUGGUGAAAGAGCUUCAAGAGGCUUUUGAUGCAGGGGAGAGGCCGUCCUUUGACAGUAGCACAGACGUCCACACUGUGGCGUCACUGCUGAAGCUCUACCUCAGACAACUGCCGGAGCCUCUGGUUCCUUACAGACGCUACCAGGACUUCCUGCUCUGUGGUCAAAAGCUGUCCAGUGAUCGCAAACUGGUUUUGGGGGAGUUGAGGAAUCUUCUUCAUGAGUUGCCAGUUGCAAACUUCAACCUACUCAACUUUAUCUGCCAGUUUCUAAAUGAGGUCCAGAGUUACUCCAGCAGUAACAAGAUGAGCGGCCAGAACUUGGCCACUGUGUUCGGACCAAACAUCCUUAGAGCCAAAACUGAAGACCCACAAAGCAUCAUGGGAGGUGCAGCACUUGUCCAGGUGCUGAUGUUGGAGCUGAUCAGAGAGCAUGAGUCUCUGUUUGCCAAAGUCCCGCCAUCCGUCUCCGCCCGUCCACUUGGAGGUUCACAUGCAUCGCCAAGUGCUUUAAGGCAGCCUCAUCUCCACCAGUCCCCCUGCCUCCGUCAGCUCUCUAUGCCUCUGAUUGUAGAACGCUCCAGAGAGUCAGGACAGCCGGCUGCAGGCGAUCGGAACCCACGCUGCUACUCUGCUGCAGCCAAAUCAGACUUGUCCUCUGGCCAGAAGAGACUUUUCGGCCAUCGCUACACCUCCUCCCACCCAGAGAACUGCUUCUACCCCUUGCCCACAUCCAGUCAGCCCCUUCAGCACCACUCUGAAAGACACAACAUAGAUUAUCAUCAGCCCCAUAGUGGCCGAGGACCAUCCCCUGCAAAUGUUGAAGCCUCUACAACCAGCCUCCAGCUUCAAGACCCACUUCCAGAGAGCUCCAAGACCAGACCAAUGCCAAUGAGCUGGGCAGCCUGGCCUAGUCCGAGAGAGGCAGGUGCUGGUUUCUGGAGCUCUGGUGCUGCAGAGGUAGAGGGUGCAAUGCCAGGAACAGCCAGCGGGGGCAGCAGUGAGGAUCAGGAGGACAGCAACCUUUCAGCCUAUGACAAUCUGGACAGAGCAGCUCUUCAUCAGAGGAUGGAUGAUGUCACUGGUGGACAUUUUGAAACCAACGACCCAGGAGGCCAUAUUGGAACUUGUGAAGAGGAGGUAGAGCUAGAAGAAGCAGGGCACACAAGGGACUCAUCCUCUUCAUGGUCCUCCUGUGAGGUUCUACCAUUGGACGAGAAUAGUGAUGCUGUAGAUGCAGUUAGUCCUGAUGUGUCACCAAAGAGAUGUAAAAGGUUACCUUCAAGUCAGGUAGCAGAAGAGGAAGAUGACAGUGAUAAUGACGAUCAUGAAGACAACAAUGACAAUGAUGAUAAUGAUGAUGAGGAUGAUGAUGACAUCCAUCACCAUAACUCUCCGGCCUCUUGUUCAGUACUAAGUGACAGCCCUCUCAGUACGGGCAGCUCAGAGGUGUUCCUCCCAUCUGGUCCUCCAGACCUCCAGGGACCUGAGCCUCAGUCACAACCCAGGGACGCUCACUCGGCCCUGGCUGAGCUGCGGCAACAGAUGGCCCGGCAGAAGGCAGAGUACCACGCAAGGAUACAGAGGUUGCAUCGCUGUAAUGAUGUCCUCGAGCGGCAGGUUGCAAUACUACGGGUCAGUCUGGAGCAGCAGAAGCGCAGCAGAAGUGUUGCAGAGAUCAAGAUUCGCAACAUAGAGCGAGCCAAAGCAGACGCCGACCUCCGCAACAGCACGCUGCAGAGAGAGAUGGAGCUAUUCUUCCAGAUGUAUGGAGAGGUCAAAAGAAGAGGAGGGGAUGAAGGAGGAAGAGGAGGAGGGAGUCUUUGA